CGCUACAGCUAUGGGACUGUUAACGUUCGUUGCUCUAGGAGGAGGAGCAGUUCCCUCUGCUGUGUUGUGUUGUUGUCCAUGUGCAGUAGCUGGUGUGGUCGGGGCUCCUUUUGUUCUGGGAGCCGUAGGUUUCACCUCAGCUGGAAUAGCAGCAGGCUCCUAUGCUGCUAGCAUGAUGUCGGCUGCUGCAGUCGCUAACGGAGGAGGAGUGGCAGCGGGAGGUCUGGUGGCUCUUUGUCAGGCAGCAGCUGCAGGCGGUCUGUCAGGAGCUGCCACUGCUGUUGCGGCUAGCGCUGGAGCAGCUGGAGUUGGAGGAACAGUGCUAGGCCUCGCUGCACUCAUCUGAAUACCACGAAGGACCAAGAUGCUUUCACGAACUUUUGCCGGAUGAAGGAAGCAAUCGCAAAUUACAUCAGUUAAUUUAAUUUACUAAACAGCACUUUUUGUGAUUUCAGACAAUGUUUUGUGCAAUAAAUCUGUGUAACCUGUGAAAGAUA